AUGGAUAAUACAUUAUGUUUAAGAAAUCCAAGAUUAAUUGAAUGUGGUAGUGCCAGUGAAGGCGGAUGUCAUGCUCGAUCGCAAUUUUAUGCUGUUGAUGGUAAAACUGAAAGAGAUGCAUUAUAUGUUUUUGCUGAAUUAAAUAAUAAAAAUUUGCUAAAAGAAUGUAUUAGUCAUCCAGUUUAUGUUAAAGUUUUAUAUGACGGUAGUAAUAAAGAGUUACCCUAUGGUAAAGUUAAAACAGCCAAUAUUAAAUAUAUAAAUGGUUUUAAAUGUAAACAAUUAAUUGCAAACAUUUAUUAUCCAUCAUAUGCGAAAAAGCAACAUUCCGAAUUAGAUUAUGUCGAAACAGAAAAUGUUGAACUUGUGGAACCCGUAUAUUUAUCUAAAGCAAAUAUUUAUUAUAUUACUAGUAAUCAGAUAAAUGAUGUUGGUGAUCUUUUGAAUAAAUAUGAACAUGUUUACUUAACACUUUUUAAAUCAAUGACAUUAGAACGUAGAAAAAGUUUUCAUAAAUUAUUUCAAGAACGUGAUAUGCAAGAUGACGUUCUCGAAUUUCGAUACAAUAUGUUGAAUAAUAGUUCAAAAGGUAUGUAUAAUCUAUCAAGCAUUAUGUUGGGACCAAUUUUUGGUAUUUCUAUGCCAAAUAAUUUAUUACAAAAAUUGAACGUUUUAUUUAAAUUUUAUUUAAAAUAUAAAUCGCUCGUAUCUGUAACAGUAAGGUCAGGUAACAAAUACAUUGUCUAUGAAAAAGAUAUUGUACCUGCUAUUGAACUUAAGUUUUGGCCAAAAAUAAUGAACUGGUUUACCAGUCGUAUGAAGACAAAUGACAGAUGGUCAAAUGUAUUUUGUGAAAAAAUUCAGAAUCAAAUAUCCGUUUAUUUAGUAUCAAAAUGGUCAGGAAAAGGUUCUCUAAUUGAUGCACAAUACGAAUUUCGUUAUUCAUUUUCAAUGAUUGAACUUAUUCUAGCACAAGAGCGUACAUUUUAUGAAAAUCAAUUUAAUUUUAUGGUUAAGUUAUUGUAUUAUAAAUAUUUAAGACCCAUUGAAACUUCAUUUGGUUUAUAUAUACCAUCAUAUUUUAUCAAAACAACUGUUGCAUGGAUUUUAGAAUUGGCUAAUUUAACAGAUAUAUGGAAGAAUAUGAAAAACAGAAAUAAUAUAAAUAAUUGUGCUCUGUUAACAUCUUCUCUACUUAAUUUAUGGAGAGACACAGCAAUGAAUAUGUUUAAAACACGUUAUUGUAAACAUUAUUUUAUUGAAAAUGUUAAUAUAUUACAAGAUUAUGAUGAAGAUCUUCUUGAUUUAGCUUAUGGUGUGCUCUUAUCACUUACAGUUGAUAAAGAAACAGAAUCACCAAAAGCAAUCAUUGCUACUAAAUCACAUUUUUAUCUGUUUGAAGCUUGUUUGAACAUUAGUGAUCAAUAUAACGCACGAACUAAAUCGUCGCGUACCACUGUAAAAAUAGAAUCCAAUAUGUCUGCUGCUGAAGAAUUUCGUCAGCUUGUGCAGGAACACUUCGAUGAUUCGCCUACUUUAAUCAAAUAUAAUGUAGAACAUAUGAAUAUUGUGUUAGAAACUUUUCAUAUUAUCGAAUCACGUUAUCCAAAUUUUAUAAUGAAAUGGUACAGUACUGCAGAUACCGAACAACAACAAGAUACGUUAUUACCUAUCAAUAAUGGAUUUAAAUAUAAUCCAUGUGAAUUCUGCUGUUUACUGUUGAAUAUUAUUGAAAAAGCAGUAAAUAUCAUAAUACCAAAAUUAUUAGAUUUUGGUGAUAAGUCAAUAGCGGAUGUCGAUGCAUGGAAAAAUUUCACAUUCACAUCAUCGAUACCCGAUCAUUUAAUACAAUUUAUUCAAGAAUAUUUGAAUUCUGUCAAUGAACGUGAACAAUGGAUAAUUGUUACGUGUGAAGCAGGUCUUGGUAAUCGUUUACAAACGACGAUAUCGGGAUUUUUAAUGGCUGUAUUAACCAAUCGUUGUUUUAUCAUUGAUUGGCAUCCAACAAGUUUACGUGGUUGUUCAUUUAAUGAGCUUUUUGAUUCGUUACCUAGUACAACAAAUAACUUAUUUUAUUUAUAUAGCAAAAGCUACAUUCUCUCUAAUAUUUAUUAUUUAGCAUUUCAUGGUCCAUUUGAUGAGUUGUUUCGUUCAAAUUUAACAACAUAUUUCAGUCGUUAUCAAUUUCUAUUUUUACAAACAGAUGAGUAUUUUCUAAGUGUGCUGAUAAAAAAUUCAUUCUAUAGUGAAAUAAUAUUUAAAAAUGUUAAUGAAGAUUAUUUAUUUCAAACGUUGAUGAAAUAUUUGUUUGUACCAAAAAAUAAGGAUCUAUUAUUGAAUGAAACAACAAAAUUCGAUAUUGGUAUACACAUGAGAAAAGAUGGAAUAAAACAAAUGAAAAAAGAGGAUGAAAAAUUAUUUUUAGGUAAACAUCCGAUAAUUGUUGGCAAUAGCGAACACUGUUAUCAACAAACACAUUCUCGACCGUGUUAUUAUGAAUUAACCCACUUACAACAGUUAUCAUGUUUUUAUCGUUCAAAUAUGUUAGAUACUGAAAAUGAAAAAUGUUGUCAAAGUGGAUUUUGUUCUGGUGAUUGUCUACAUCAUCAUUCAACGAUUGGAUAUCAAUUAUAUUUUUUAAUUGUAUGGCCAUGGCAUGCUCUUAUUAAACGAAUUUCAAAAGUUCAUGACGACAAAUGCGAUCGUUGUGGAAGCUCAGAAUCAAACUGUUCGAUGUCCGAUGUUAAAGUCUUUAAAUAUGCGAUGUAUAUAUGGGCAAGAUGUAUCACUCUAAUUAAUGCAAGAAUUAUGGAAGGUAAUCCAUGA